AUGGUGAACAUCAAGAUUCAGUUUUUGCUCCUGGCCUUGGCAACAUUUGUCAUGGCCUGCUUACUUUCUAGUCACCAAGCCGCAGCUGAACUCGACAACGACGUAAAAGCUCUGACCAGGAUAAUAUGCUGCGGCGACUUAAUCAAGCUGUACCGACGAUGCAAGGAGUACGUAAAGAAGGAUGGAGAGGAGGAAGAUCUAAAGGAGGAUGGAGAGGAGGAAGAUCCGUCGGAGGAGUGCUGCAGCGAAGUUCAGAAGGCAGACUUGCCCUGUAUCUGUCAAUACCUCCCUCCGAUCGUCGAGAGGUUCAUCGAUAUGGAGAAACUCGCCAACGUCGCUGAGAAGUGCGAGCGGCCUCUUCCGAGCGGAACCAAGUGUGGAAGUAAGUCGAGUAAUCGAUCUGGCCUCUUUAGAGCUGAGCAUUUGGUGAAUAAAAGAGUGUGGAGCUGGAGCUUCUGCUGUAGCAGAAAGCAGAAAUUAAGAUUCUGA